AUGAACGUGCCGACGCUCCGCGACUGGCUGCAUGAGGCUGCGUCGUGGGACGCCGAGGCGGCGCCGCUGGCGCAUGCGGCGGCGGCCGAGGGACGGCUGUCGGACGCGGCGCGGUAUCGGUACGCGCAUGCGGCCAAGAAGGCGCUGGCGGCACGAAGGUCGGCGUACUUGCUGGCGGCAGAGCAGGCGGAGAGCAGCGCAGCAAGAGGUGCGGCGGGGGACGAGCUGCGGCCGCUGUACGAGCUCCGCGACAACAUCCGGGCCGAGGUGGAGGCGGCUGGGCAGGGCGUGCUGGCGCUGGUGACCGACGUGCUCGAGCCGGGCUCGGCCGACAUGGAGGACAAGGUGGCGUAUGCCACGCUGCGCGGCGACGUGUUCCGCUACCUCUCCGAGGUGCAUGUCGGCGAUGCGGCCGAGGCCGAUGUCGUGGCUGGCAACGAGGCGUACCGGCAGGCCCACGGCCUUGCCCUUGAUCUGCCGCCGGCCUCGCCGGCAGCGCUCGGCUGCGCCCUCAACUACGCUGUCUUCCUUUGGGAGAUUCUCGGCUCGACCAAGGAGGCGUACAAUGUGGCGGUCAAGGCGCUGAAUGCGGCGACCGAGUGGCGGGCGAACCACGAGAACGUGCUCUCGUCGCCGCUCAACCCGCAGACGCCGAUCAUUCUCAACCACCUCCGCAAGAUCCUUGCCGGCUGGGAGAGUGCGCUUGGACUGGCACCCACCGUGGGCGCGCCGCUGGCGCCUGCGGCCGCGACAUACGACCGGCCGACCGGCGACGGGACUCAUCCCGCGGCGGCCGGCGCGCCGGCGGCGCUGCGGUCGGCGGCGCCUGGCGGCUACGACUCACAGCUUGGCGACUUGCAACGCGACGACGGCGACGGCAACGUCAUCACAUGGCGCACGCUUGCGGAUCAGGCGGCCGUGUGUGACGCCAAGGCCGAGGAGGCGGCCAAGAUGGCCGCCCGCGGCUCGGGCGACGAGCUGUCCAAGACCCAGCGCGCCUACCUCGCGUACGCAUUCAAGAACUCGAUCUCUGUCCGCCGCUCAAUGUGGCAGCUGCUGACGUUCCACAUCGAGGCGCUGCAGUGGGGCACUGGCCCGCCACGCGACGCAGAGUACGCCAGCAGGCUCGCGAGCUCGCGCGACAAGGUCAACGCCGAGCUUGACACCAUCUCGCGCAUCCUGCUCUCGCUCAUCUCGGACCACCUGCUUCCGUCAUCGUCGGCACCCGAGACAAAAGUCUUCUACCGGACACUCGACGGCGACAUGCACCGGUACCUCGCCGAGUGCACCGCGCCGGACUCGGGCCCGCACCGCGCAGCUGUCAAGGCCGCGCACGCCGCGUACGAGGCCGGCUACGAGCUCGCGCGCCGCGAGCUCUCGCCGCUUGACCCAAUCAGACUCUCGACCUCGCUCAACUACUGUGUGUACUACUACGAUGUGCUCGCGUCGCACGCCGAUGCGCUGGCCCUCGCGCGCGUCACCCUCAGCGACGCCCUCGACGCUGACCCGCUCGCCGAUGCCGUCGCCGCCCAUGAGGCCGGCAUCAUCGUCGAUCAUCUGUGCAACAUGCUCGAGACCAUGGUCGACAAGCACGCACCCGUCGACUCGGACGACAUCCUUGACCUUGUCGACGCCGCCCGCGAGGCCCAGCUCCACGACGCUGGUGCCAGCAUGGCCAAGUCUGGGCAGGCCAUGCCGGCCCAGCCGGUCCAGCCGGUUCAGCCGGUCCAACCGCGGCGGCGGCGGCGGCGGACCAAGCAGCGCCGCGCAGAUGCGCCGAACGGUGCGUCGCCGGCAGCGGCGCCAGAGGCAACACCCGAGCGGCCGCAUGUAUCAGCAGUGGUGCCAGGAGCAGCAGGAGAGGUGGAAGCCGAAGCGUCGUCGCCGAUUGCCGAACGCGAGGGAAGUCCGGGUGUGGGCGAUGAGACCAUGUCGGUGCUGCAGGAGCAGGCGCGGCGGAUCGAGAUGCUCGAGUCACAGCUGGCCGAGCUGAAGCGAUCGUCACCGUCACCGUCGUCCUCUCCUACCCCAGUGCAUGUUCCUGCAUCUGCGAAUGCGGCUGCACCGGCACCAAGCGUGUAUGAGGCGUAUGCAGGCGCGAGUGCGGGCGCAGGCGUUGGGGGCAGCGUGCGGCGGUCGGUCCCGCCGAGCUCGCCGUACACCCAUCCGCUGAUGGCCUCGCUGUCGGCCUCGUUCCAGGCGCAGCAGACGCAGCUGGCGGCACUGCGGACCGAGCAGGCUCUGCUGGCGCAGGAGCAGUCGCGGACGGCGCACGCGUUGCACGCGGCGCGGCCUGCGGCGGCAUUGGGCGCCGGCAGUGGCCCGGGCGCUGGCAGCGGCUACUACCUGCGGACGUACAAUGCCGCCGCCGUCCAUGGGGCGCAGCGGGCCGGAUCGGCGCCGGCACCGCGCGGCCCGCAGGCGCCGCUCCCACCCACCUUCCCGCUCGUCUUUACUGCAGCGCUGGUGGUGACAUGGUCGCCGCCGGCGGCCAACGGUCCGUACACCGCCUACCGGGUCUAUCGAUCGACGCCCGGCUCGCAGUUUGAGCUCGUCUACGAGGGCCCGGGCCUCAUGUUUUACGACGCCGGCCUCAAGGCCGACACCAUAUACACAUACGCCGUGGCAGCAUGUAACGCCUCGGGCGCCUGGUCGGGCAUGUCGCAGCCGUCGACCCAGAAGACCCGCGCCAAGCUGUAA